GUCGCAGUGUCGCUUUUACGGUACGAGGCUUGGGCGCUUUGUCAUCCAUUAUUGACCUUAAGUUUAUUCGCUGAGGAGACACUCGACCUAAAUCUAAAUGAAUGACGGUGCCUACUGAACCAUGACGUAAUUGCAUGUAUAAUUCGACAUCACCUUCGACGCAGCGCUUCAUCACGACAUUCGUAUAUGCUGUCUCAGUAUUGGCCGAUGGAAGCGUGUGUUUAUUUACAGAACUACAAACGAAGCUGUAUAGUUACUAGCAAAUACAUUCUUGGCUGUGCUAUCUGACAAGGUGGAGCCGUAGUCUAUCCGAAAGUUAUACGAAUAUGAGCCGCAAGAAUAAAACGGCAUUCACGUUAGCGGGAUGUGCAAGUUUCGGUAUACUUUAUGCGCCAAAUAAAUUACUCGGAUUAUUUUUCAUUCAUCUUCAACGUGAUCUUGACUCUUCUGCAAGCUUAACAUCUCUAGCAUUGGGAAUCAAUCUGUCGCUAAUGUAUCUAUACGGGCCAAUUGAAACUGUAAUCUUCAAAAAAUGUGGAGCACGAAUUGCAGCUGUUAUCGGAAUCAUUUUAUCAUCUUUCGGAUUUGCGCUGUCGUCUUUCAUGACAAACGUAGAAUUGAUUGCCGUAUCAUUUGGUAUCUUUACAGCUCUUGGAGUUGGAAUAUGUAACCUAUCAUGGUACACAAUGUCAGGCCAUGCAGUACCUGAGCGGCUCUCUUUCGUCAACAACAUGUUCAGUACAUCACACUCUAUGGUUGGAUUUGUCAUGGCUCCACUGACGCAAUAUUUGAUUGAGUUAUACGGAUGGAGGGGCGCUCUGCUCUUGACUGGUGGGAUCAUUCUCAAUGCCCUGCCGUUGGGCCUAUUAAUGACCUGGUAUUAUAAAAUGAUAUUGUCGAAUAAACUGAAAGUAAAGUCGAAUAAUAACGAUUCUCAUAUACCCGCGGAGGAUUCUACAAGUAAUGAACUUCCUUGUUGUGAAAAAGACGGUCAAAGUACAAAAAGGAAAUCUGGCGAAACAAUGAAAUCCGGUUCGCCUGAAACAUGGAAACGACUUUUGACAAAUCGCUAUUUUGUUUGUUACGCGUUUGCAAUGUCAUUUGUGACCGUUUCGCGAUUUUCAGUUGGUCUCUACACAGUUAGAUAUGCACAAAGUGUUGGAAUUAACGAAUCUAAAGCUAUCUGGAUUAUUACUUUGCAGGAACUCUCAUCGGUCUUAGUCGGUCCCAUUUCUGGGUAUUUAACGAGCUUCAGUGCGAGCUCCAUCAGAAAAAUGUCAAUAAGAGAUCAAGAUUCCACAGGAGUUCGCCGGCGAAUGUCAAUAACAUAUCGUUCAUGUGUGUCUAUCAGAAGAUCUCGUAUUCUCGCCAUCUUUUCCAUUUUGUUUAGCCUCUCGAUUAUGAUUCCAGUUCUAUUUGAAACUUUCGUCGGAUUUUUAGUCGGUGGUUUUUUUAAUGGUAUAUUUGCAGGAUCAACUACAGCUCUUCCUGUAACGAUUUUAUCAGACUUUUUUCGUUCGGAGGACUUAGCUGCUGCUCAAGGAUUACGUUGCCUCUUAGCUGGAAUAUGGCUCAUCGUUUACCCAUUUACUGUGGGAUCUAUCAUAGACAUGACCGGGAGUUACAGGCCAGCGCAGUACUUUGCCGCAUUUUUUUCUCUUUGCUGCGCUGGUUUUACCAUGAUAACAGAGAUUGGAUUAAACAACAAUAUGAAAAAGAAUACAUUGAGCACAAUGGCAUAGGAUAGUGUGUCCAUUUGAGUAAAUUCGUGCAAUAAAAUUAUUUCCUGUUUACAUAAGUCUAUCUAUGACGUUGUAUUGUUCGAUGUAUAUACAUACUUUAGCUACUCUUUCGCUAUGUAUAACGAACAAUUAAUUUCGCUUGGAAUCGUGAUGUACAUAAGCCUACGGUUCAUAUAUUUGAGAAUUGCUCACUUGUUUUUCAUAAAUUUGAGUGGUUUUUGUCAAAUUUUGGUUAUGUUUCCGAAAUAUAAAUUCGAAACUUAGCCAUCAUUUCCGUAUUAAAGUACUAGUGUGAUUGCGUGAAAUGUGAAUAUACAGCUGCCGAAAUGGGGUGGAAAAUACUAGCUGUCAGUACUUUUUGAAUGCAGCUGCUUGAACAUUUUAUACAGAAAAAAUAUUGGAAAUGUAAACUAGUGCAAUUGUCAGCUCGCAAAAAUACUUCCAAAAUGCGCGUUUGAAAGUGCAAUACAUUUUGACAAUAAAAUCAAAUAUGAAAACAUUAUUUUUUGUUGAUAAUCUUCAACCUUUUAUUACUGUUCAGUAAACGCAUGCUACUAAAUAUUUCCGCAAUCAGCUAUUUUAUUUCCCACAUUCACUGCAAUAAUAAACUGUGUCAAAUUAAUUUUAUUCAAACAACUUUAACAUUGAACACCUCUGAUAUGUAUAUAUUUGUGUAUACGCCAAACAAACCAACCACCAACAAUAAAUUUACGUAGGCUA